AUGGCUGGUCUUAAGACUGUGAAAAAGUGGGAGGAAAAUCUUUCUUGCGAUUUGGAAAAGGAAAUAAAUUGCGGCAAGGUUACAAAGCUGAAAUGCAAAGUGUGCUGUAAGUACGAAAAUAGAAUAACGUCAAUAAAAGGAUUUUCUCGCAGUUGGAUCGAAGGAACUGACUCGGUAAAGAAGGACAGUCUAACUAAGCAUAUAAAUGGAGAUCCCCACAAGUAUGCAGUUGAACUUCAACAGAAAGAGGCUCUCGGAGCUGCAUCGUUCAACCAAAACAUUGUUGAAACCACCCCUAUCGGACGCGGGUUAAUAAAAAUGACUGUGCAGGAACAUGAACUGCUGAAAACCCGAUUUAAUACGGCGUAUUAUUUGUCUAAAAGUGAAAGACUGUGCAGUGAUUUUGAAGGAUUACUUCAAUUGCAAGAGAAAAAUGGUGCCAAAUAUAACACAAGUUAUUGA